GUGUUCGUGGGCUGUCGCAUAAGGAUUGCAGGUAUCGUGCACGUGUCAAAUGCCCUGUCAAUCGUGCGCGUGUGAAACAUCGGUGCCAGACAGAGGAAAAUCACAAAUUCCGGUUUUCAGAUAUUGUGAGUGCCAAUUUACUAAGUUUAGCCUGAAGUAAAACGAUCAAAAGCCUGUUCGUCGUCCAACAAAGAAUGGGAACUCCCAUCAAGGAUGUGACACUUAAGCCGGACGCCCCAAAUACGCUGCUCUUAGACAAGCACGUGGAGUAUAUCGCCAGCUAUGGCGCAAAGAAAGACGACUAUGAGUACGUCAUGACCGAAUAUCUCCGCAUGAGUGGUAUCUACUGGGGCAUCACUGUCAUGGACCUGAUGAAGCAUCUAGACUCCAUGGCUCAGCAGGAGAUCGUCGACUUUGUCGUGAGCUGUCAACACGACUGUGGAGGUUUUGGGGCAAGCGUCAACCACGAUGCUCAUUUGCUGUACACACUGAGUGCAUUACAGAUUUUAACGAUCUUUGAUUCCGUCGACACCAUCAAUGUUGACAAAGUCAUAGAAUAUGUCAAAGGACUCCAGCAAGACGAUGGCUCAUUCAUAGGAGACAAAUGGGGAGAGGUUGACACCAGAUUUUCAUUUUGCGCAGUCGCAUGCUUGGCAUUACUGGGCAGACUGGAUGCUAUUAAUGUACAGAAGGCAGUGGAGUAUGUCCUAUCAUGCAUGAACUUUGACGGUGGCUUUGGAUGUAGGCCCGGCUCCGAAUCACACUCAGGACAGGUGUACUGUUGCGUCGGGAUGCUAGCAAUUACUGACAGUCUACACCACGUCAACGCUGACCAGCUGGGCUGGUGGCUCUGUGAACGACAACUUCCCUCCGGCGGACUCAAUGGGAGGCCAGAGAAACUGCCGGACGUCUGUUACUCCUGGUGGGUGCUCGCCUCCCUCAAGAUCAUCGACAGGCUGCAUUGGAUCGACAAGAAGAAACUGGAGACGUUCAUCUUGGCGUGUCAGGAUGACGAGACGGGAGGUUUUGCCGACAGGCCCGGCGACAUGGUGGAUCCUUUCCACACUCUCUUCGGCAUCGCUGGUCUGUCGCUUCUCGGCUCAUUCUCGGACCGGAUCAAACCGGUCAACCCCGUCUUCUGCAUGCCUGAGGAGGCACUACAAAGAAUACGACUCACGACCGCACUCCUGUGAAAUCUCAAAAACAAUUCGGUGUAAAUUUUCUAUUUUAGUCCCUGUUUUUUUGUGAUGUUAAUAAGUUUUACAUCAAAUGUUAAUAUUUCCUCAAUUCAGGCAUAUCACAAUGCAUUGCGCCACCAAGAGUUUGCCACGUAGCAUUCAUUUUUUUCCCAGCGUAUUUUGGGAGAUGGUCGACAAAUUUGCAGCGCAGGACACUUGAAAUUGUUAGUUUUUUUCGGUCAGUUGGG